AAAAUAUUUUAAUUUUUAAUUUGCAACCCAGUUACUAUGAGUGGUCGUGUCAGACGGAUGCUUCGGGCGAGCAUUUUCGCGUAAACUAAUUGAUUUCUUCUAAUUAAAUUAUAGUGAAUCAUUGUGUUAGCGAUGCAAGUGUGAUGUGAGCCAUGCAAAUUAAUAUUGUGCAAACAUUUAACCGAGAGACGUUAAAAUAGGGGAUGUAAAAGAAAAAAUAAAAAUGGCUUCAGGAGAUUCUGAUCAUAUAGAAGUUAUGGACACUUCAGCAGCUAAAAAGUCUGAUAACGCGACUGGACCUUCGGGCGCGGACGAAGAUGACCGAGACAAGAGUUCAAUCGCCGAGAAAAAUGCACCGUACGACCCGGCCGUGGGCCCCUCUGGGGCUAUCAGCAAGGUGCACAAAUCAGACAGGAAAAUUGGCCAUCGACGAGUCGGCGAAGGUGGUGAGAUCACCUACAAGAAAAUCCAAUCAUCGCAGAUUAUGGGAUCUAUACAGCUUGGAAUCCAGCAUGCAAUCGGCGGGCUAGCUUCCAAACCGGAGCGAGAUCUCCUCAUGCAAGACUUCAUGACUGUGGAAACGACCAACUUCCCACACGAGGGCUCGAACCACACACCAGCUCAUCAUUACUCAGAGUUCAAGUUUAAGUCUUACGCUCCGAUAGCGUUCCGAUACUUUCGGGACCUUUUCGAAGUUCAGCCCGAUGAUUUCCUAAUGUCGAUGUGUAGCGCCCCGCUGCGCGAGCUCAGCAACCCUGGCGCCUCGGGCAGCAUCUUCUACCUCACCAAUGAUGACGAGUUCAUCAUCAAAACUGUACAGCAUAAGGAGGGAGAGUUUCUGCAGAAACUGCUGCCUGGAUACUACUUGAAUCUCGAUCAGAACCCACGUACAUUAUUACCAAAAUUCUUCGGUUUAUACUGCUACCAGUGUAACAGUAAGAACGUCAGACUGGUAGCCAUGAACAAUCUGCUGCCAUCGUCCAUUAAACUGCAUCAGAAAUAUGAUCUGAAAGGCUCUACGUAUAAGAGGAAGGCAAACAAAGGAGAACGUCAAAAGACAUCGCCCACAUACAAAGACCUGGAUUUCAUGGAGCAUCAUCCCGAGGGUCUGUUCCUAGAAGCUGAUACUUACAACGCGCUGAUAAAGACCAUGCAGCGAGACUGUCGGGUGCUUGAGAGUUUUAAGAUCAUGGACUACUCCCUCCUAGUCGGCAUCCACAAUCUAGACGAGGCUCAACGCGAGAAGACGGAAGCCAGGAAACGCACAGACUCGGGACAGAGCGACGGUGAUGAUGCUGAGGGAGAACCUAGGAAGGGUCUUAAUAGGACGAGAUCCGAAGGCAAGGAGGAUUUCACCGCGCAAGUCAAGAGGACACAGUCGAUAAACCGACAGCGGCUGGUAGCGCACUCUACCGCGAUGGAGAGCAUCCAGGCCGAGAGCGAGCCUAUUGAUGAGGAAGAGGAUGUGCCUCCUGGCGGUAUUCCGGCACGGAACGCCCGCGGCGAGCGACUCCUCCUGUUUCUCGGUAUCAUCGACAUCCUGCAGUCGUAUCGGCUGCGGAAGAAACUCGAGCAUACCUGGAAGAGCAUGAUACAUGAUGGGGACACAGUUUCCGUACAUAGACCGAGUUUCUACGCGCAGAGAUUUUUAGAUUUCAUGGCUAAAACUGUCUUUAAGAAAAUACCUUCGUUGGACCUACCAGAGAUCAAGGGGAAUCACCGCAAGUUCAGAACUCUAGUCACCUCGUAUAUAGCCCUGAAACACUCGCCGUCAAAGAGAAAGAGCAUCGCCAAGCCGGCUAGACCGCAGGAAGAGAUUGACACGCCAGGACGUAUCUACAUCGGCAGACCGAUAAAAGAUUACAACCCUGAUCUCUUGAGGCAGUCGCGACUAUCGCCAAGGUCUUCUAUAAGAUCGAGUAUGAGCGAUUUUACUGACACCACUAUCUCCACGUGGAAUCAGAGGCAUCCUAGCAUCCAACCCCCCACUGAGUACCCGUCAGUCCUAUCUGACAGGUUGAAAAUCGACAGGGAUCGACUAGGACCCUUCCCAAGACGCAUAGAGUUUGAUACCUCAAACUUGCAAAGAGACCCAGGCACUUCAUACGGGAAUAAUGUGUAUAGAACAUCGAUCCAAGAUAGAAUGGAAUCACUAUCUGAUCAGCUGACGAAAGUAUUAAGCACGGGAGCCGGUAGUUCCCAUAUUAAUGGGAGCUUAGCUGACAGUGGUAUACAAACAGAUAAUACGAGUACCAGUGUCCCCCAAAUAUACGUAGAAGCUCACACUAAUGCUCCAACGAAGAAAGAUGCAGCCGUAGACACAAGAAAUGAGAAUAAUCUACAAGAUAUACCCUUCAUAGAUGAUGAAGAUGAUGACAAAUGGAAGAGACGAUCGAAUAUUCUAGAAAAACACAAAAGUACGUCGAAUAUUCCAGCGAGAAUUGACGAAGUUAGCUCCAAGGAUGAUUCGAAUGAAAGACUGUCCCACAGCCUAAACAGAGCAAAGUCACCGACCUUCGUAGAAAAAUUCAAGAAAUUCUUCGCCGAUAUAGGUCUAGUGAAAGCCGAUAGCUCUAUGAAAGCUGAGAAUUCAAAUACGUUACCUAAAAGCUUAAAUUCUAGUUACCGACGAAGUGCUACUCCCAGUUUAGAGGCCAGAGAAACUGCUACUCUGCCGAAAGACAUGAGAUUUCGAAAAGUAAGAUCUACCCAAACGGUUUAUAUAAAACCUGAAUCUCCAGUCAUGAAGGAUAAGAACUUACAAAUAUCAGAACACGUUUCUGUCGUCCAACUAAACGGCGACGAACAUAUAAGGGAUUCGAAGUCAGAACUUUUUAUCAAAGAGGUAGUAUACGUGAGAAGCAUAGACAAAGCAGAAAUAUACUCUGGAAAAGACAGCGGAAGUACCAUAAUAGUAGUACCACCGGCAGAUUGAGCGAAAUAAAUUUAGAAUUUUCGGUUACACAUAAAAAUCGAUAGUUUUGCUGACCUGACGUCAAUAAUCUAUUGAUUCGGUUAUCGAUAUGUCGAUAAAUUUUUAGUGUAUAUUUUGGAAAUUAUCGAUAGAUAGACUGUCUUGAAGUUACUGUUGGCGAGUUUUGAAUCGAUAUUAAGAAUGUUAGUCGAUAAUUGUAGUGAAGUGUAUUGGUAUCGAUAUUUCUGUAUUGUAAUAGUUCUGUUAAAAGACAUAUUAGCUUAGAACGUAUCUAGCUUAAUUAUUAUGCUUAUAUGUGACUAUUAUAAUCGUAUAAACUUGGCUUAUAUAACUAGAAAAAAGUCGUUAUCAAAGUAUCGAUCAAUUAUAUCGAUAGCACAAGCCUUAAAAAAAACUUUAAGUAAUAAAUAUUGACAAUAACUAUUGCAAUAAUGUCAAUGUUUUAAAAAAAUAUUUAAAUAUGGAAAAGGCUUGUCAUUAUUAUAUCGAUAUGUUGAAAUCCCUAUUUAUGCUAAAAUGCUUAUAUUAGUCCAAGUUUAAAAAAAUAUAUAACACCAUUUAUAGUUCUAUUCCAAUUAUGUAUUAUUAUGAUAUGAAAGCUUAUUUCAUUUUAUAAUACACAUUAUCAAGCACUGAGCUACCAUUUAGACUUAUUAUCGACAAAUAAAAUCGACUAACGGCUGUUCCCAAUAUUCGAUCCAUCCAUUUUGCGAAUAGAGAUAGAAUUUGAAUAUUAGCUUCUUAUAAAUUAUGUCAAAUUCCAAUCUCUUAUCUCAAAACCAUGGAUAGUUCGAUUAUAUGUUGAAGUAAGACUACACCAAAAUAAAAGAUAGUCGAAUUAAACCAAUUUUCACCAAGAACAUUAAAUGUCCGUUUUUCUUAAAACAUCUGUUUACUUUGAAACUUGACCAUGAAAACAGAAUACUACAUAGUAUGGUCUGUUUUUUUUGUGCACUUGACAGUUACGUUAAUCAGUACAUAUAAUACUAUUUUAAUUUGUAAAUUGACAGCUGUCAAUUUCACAAAACAUUCAGUACCAAUACAAGGUGUUGAUUUGCAUCUGUGCAAUAUUUCAGGAGGUUGACAUAGAAUACGAAAAAAGUCGAUAGGAAUUACAGUAGACGGGAAAUAUCUAAUAUGCGCUGCUUUUUUUGUCAUUGUAAUUUCAUAGUAUUUCAGAAUUAACCCAAUUUUAUGAAUGACCGUUGCGUAUGCUUUGUGUUUGCUUUUGUGUGAGACUAGGGCUGCCAUCUCGAAUUUCGCCAAACCCGGCCAAACAUUUAAAAAACCCGGACAUUUGGCGUAAGUCGCAUUUUUUCCCCGAACGAGUACGAUUUUUUUAAAAACAAAAUAAUACCUAAUUUGUAAUCCAUUUACUAUUAACAUAUACUUAAAUUCAAUGAGGUGCUUCCUUACAUGAAAUUAAAUGAAAUGAGCCCUAUGUGAGACCAAAGUGCAGUUUUAAGGCCAGUAACACACGCGCCGAGUUUAAAUACGGCCAGGUUAAACUGACGGAUUUCCGAAAAAAUAUUGCACGGAUGAAAUCAACAGCUCGUAUAGAGUUGUUUUAAGAAAACUGACUUUUAUGUUUUCAGUGAAUUUGGGCCCUAGUAUUCUUUGUUACCUACACUUUCCAAUGUUAUCGUUUAAUUUAAAAGAUGUAAUAUAUGCAGUAUUUUAUUUAGAAUCGAUGUAUGUACGUUUGGGUUCUUUUGUGAGAUCAAAGCAGGUCCAGUUAUCAAGUUUCUGAUAGAAAGAAAAAACUAGAAUGUUGAAGUAUAUGAAUUUUAUUCAAAACUGCACUUUGAGGGUCGAUUUUUCAAUCAUCGGUGAACUUCUAAAGAAAAACAAGAAUUUUGAAUUAAAUGAAUUUUAUUCAAGACUGCACUUUUGACAGCCGAUUUUUCAAUUAUCAGUUAACAAGACUGCACUUUUGACAGCCGAUUUUUCAAUUAUCAGUUAACAAGACUGCACUUUUGACAGCCGAUUUUUCAAUUAUCAGUUAACUUCUAUCUGAGGAAUAAAAUAUGGCGGUUUGACAUAUUUUCUACACAAAAGCUGUCAAAAUGUCAAACUUAUUCUUCAAAUGGAAGUUAUCUGGUGAAAGAAAAAUAGGAAUAAUAAUAAUCAAUCAUAAUAAUAAUCAAUAAUAAAGAAUCUAGUGAAUAUUAGUUUAUUUCCUUGCUACUUUUAUAUUUUGUUCCGAAUAUAACAGAAUAUUGAAAUGUUACUGCGACUUAAAUACUGUAUACCAAAUAUUAACGAAAGUAUAUUAAUAUUUUUGGUACAGUUGCAGUCAAAAGUGUAAAGUUGUAUUAUUUGAAAUAUUUUUUUUUAGGAGAACUGGCUUUUCCAAGUUAUGGUAAUAUUUUUUUUUCACAUAAAUGUCAUGAAUAAUGAAAUGAUAGAAAGAAACUGUGGUGCAGUAUGUCAACGAAAGUUUGUAUGAAUUGAUUAUAUUAUUAUUAUUUAUUAGGAAAAUAUUAUUUUUAUUGAUUUACGAUAGUUUAAUUGUGGUGUCUGUAUUUUUAUUAUGUAUAUAUUGAUUUGGUUUAGGAUUUAAAUUAUUUUUCAGUUUUUUUUUCAUUUAUGCUGAGCUUUCGAUUAACGAAUAGCUAUGCCAACAAAUACAUUUUAUUAGUUUCGUCUAAUAGUACUGAUUUUUCAAACUAUUUCUGUUUUAUCAAGUUUUUUUAAUUGGUAAUAUUUAUUAAAUGUCUUCCAAUUUUUUUCAUAAUUAUAACACUUAGGAAUACUCCCAAUCUACUGAGUACCUUACUUACCGAACAAUUAGAAGAAAAAAAAAACAAAUAUAAUUAGUAACAUUCCUCUAAAAAGUAUUGAUCAUGUCACAAGAUUAAUUCGUUUUUAAAUUAUAUUUUUUCACUGUACACAACCCAUUAUUUUUUAUUUACCAUUAAUUUUAAUAUUAAAUAGCAAUUUUUAAAAUAUUCCGUAGAAAUUAUUUAGACACCUUUCACAAUAUUAUUGAGAUUAAUUGAAUGAUUGUAAGAUAAACUUACGUGUAUUAAGUUUCGUAUGACAGAAUAAAAAAUAUACUACAAAAAAAAAACAAUGCGAUAGGUUCAGAAUAACAAUUGAUUUCCUAUUGUUUUAUAAUUAGCUGUAUUCAAGCAGUUAAUGCUUGAUAAAUGUUUUAUUUUUUUAUACGAAACUUAAAUAUACACAAAACUUUUGUUUUUGAUUGUACUACAUAUAUUGUUUUGGUAAAAAAGUUAGAAAAAAAUUUUUUUUUCAUGUUUUUUUUUUUACAUUUUACUCUAGCAAAAAUAUGUUCUAAGUACAGUAAGUCAGGAACAUAAGUUUUGUCGUCAACUUGAGCAAAACCAGUGUAAGUAAAAGUUAUACUUGUGUAGUAGAGUGUAAGUGUAUUUGUAAUGCGCUUGAGCAGUUCGACCAAAAUUGUAUGUAUAUAUUAUGGUAAUAAAUGUGAGGUUUUGUUGGCUGAAA